GGUUUAACACACGCGUACCAUAGAAACAGUCGAUUUAUUUUAUACUGCUUCGAUAUCUUAAACGAUCAUUGAGCGAUUCGGCAAUUAUUGUUGCAAAUAACCAAACUUUUAGAAGUUGUCAUGUUUGUUUUACACCAAGCCUUCCAAGGUGGAUAACUCAGAUCGUAUUUAAGAUAAAGUGAAUGGACAUUAGAAUGUAAGUGCAACUUAAUAAAGUAUUGUAAUGGAGAAAUGUUUGCAUGUGUCAAAAAUCAGACCAGCAUGGGACCACUCCAUCCUGAACCCUGAGAAAUGGCUGUGUUACCUUUGCCGUACAACAGAAAGCGUUUGGGCAUGUUUAAGUUGUUCAAAUGUAGCAUGUGGGAGGUUUAACGAGAAACAUGCUCUGAAGCACUAUCAGGAGAGCAAGCAUCCAAUCAGUAUUGAAGUGAAUGAAAAAUAUGUUUACUGCUAUGCAUGUGAUGAUUAUGUGCUGAAUGACAAUGCAGCUGGAGAUAUUAAACUCCUGCGGUCUGCUCUCAGUGCCAUAGCAACCCAGAAGUUCACAGACAUUGAGUCGAGGGGUAGACGGUUGCUCAGGUCAUACUCGUACUCAGGGGCUGUUCAAAGGGAUGAGCCUUAUGAUGAUGACAAAAUUGCUACAGCAGAAUGGCAUAGAAGGCAAAGAUUACUUUCCAAAGUAUUCAAUAGCUGGAGGCUAUUCAUUCAACAAGAAAAGUCUCGGAAGAGACGAUCAUAUGACAAACAGCUGGUACAGCUAAUGUCCUCGGCAUCAACGGUGUUCAAGAAAAGAUCAAUUACUCCAGGUGUAACUGGACUAAAAAAUCUUGGGAACACUUGCUAUAUGAACUCAGUUCUCCAAGUACUAAGCCAUAUUGAUGCAUUCAGAGACUUUUUCCUAAAAAUGAAAUACAGCUUUGAAGCAAGCUCAGAUGGUUCCCCUCUUGUAAAGAGUGUAGUGGCACCAAAACCAGCAGUUGUGACACCAGCUGCUGCUAAACAAUAUGCAAGACAGACAACUGUGGAAUGUUUUCAGCAUUUGAUGUCAACUGGAGGCCAGAAGCAGACGACACCAAAGAAGAAAUUGAAGGGUGGUUUGAAUGGUGGGUCGGCACAGUCGACUAGUUCACCUGUCAGACAACAGCUCAUCUGUGAUGUAGAAUCUCAGGGAAAUCAGGAUAAUAAUGUGUCUUUAAGUGGAGAGUUACACGGGUUGUUUCGUGUGUUAUGGUCAGGGAAGUGGGCUCAGGUGAGUCCCCAUGCCUUCCUGAGGGCAGUAUGGCAGGCUAUUCCAAUGUUUAAAGGCUAUGCACAACAUGAUGCUCAGGAAUUCUUGUGUGAGUUAUUGGACAAGAUACAGCGUGAAUUAGACGGUACACCAAAUCAGCCAUCCUCACAGCUGCUUGACAGCCUGUUUCAGGGACAGCUUGUCAGUAGGGUACAGUGUCAGGCCUGUAGAAACGUUACUGAGACAUUAGAACCCUACAUGGACCUAUCUCUAGAGUUCCCAAACAGAUAUCAGAUCACCAAGCAGAAUUCAAGAGUUGCAGAAGACAUUUGUCAUAUUACAGAAAUGUUAGCCAAGUUUACAGAGGAAGAACAUCUAGAAGGGAACAUAUAUGCCUGUGAGAAAUGUAAUAAAGGUCGCAGUAAAUCAGGGACAGUUUACACGGAGGCAAAGAAGCAGCUCCUCAUCAAUGAAUUACCACCUAUACUCAGGCUUCAUCUGAAGAGAUUCAGAUGGUCCGGCCGGAUCCAUAGGGAGAAGAUCAGUACACAUGUGGCUACAGAUGAACUCCUAGACCUGAAACCAUUCUGCUCAAACAACAUAGAUCCACAACCACAGUAUCGUCUAUUUGGUGUCAUUAUUCAUCAUGGUAGAGGCUUUGGUUCAGGACACUACACAGCUUAUACUUGGAACAAAGAAGCAGAGUCAUGGGUUCAUUGCAAUGAUUCAAGGAUGAUAUUAUCAACAGUGAAGGAAGUUCUUACAGCUCAGGCCUAUAUUCUCUUCUAUAAAGCAGAGGUUCCGGAAAAAGUUGAAAAACCAGUCUCUCUUACAUCAGACUGUAGCACAGAAACUGUAGAAUACAGUCUAAAAUCAGAGGACACAGUCUGUUAUCCAGAUGUGGAAGGGUAUAAUGAUGCCCCAGUUCUGACAUCAUCAGUGUCAUCACCAAAAUCUUCACCAAUGCCAAAAUUAUCUAGUGUACAAUCAUUAGCUUCAUCACAAUCAUCCUUUUCAUCAUUACCAACGUUAUCACCUUCACCAUCAUUAUGGUCAAUAACAUCACAUGAAAAAUAUUCAUUGAAGUCCGAUGGCACGGAGAUUCUCAGUGAUGAUGAUAUUAAAGACUUAGAAAGUUCUUCGAUCUCUGAUAAGUCAGUACAUGUAAUUGAUCGUGAGAUUACAUUUAAUUUUAAACCGGCAGACAAUAUGAGAGUGACCCGAAGUUCCAAACGGUCCCUAGAUAAUUGUGAUAUGCAGCUUAGUGCACAAAACUUGAAAAGAGCGAAAAAGUUAUCUUUUGAAACAAGUUCGUUCUAUUCUAAACCGAGAAGUAAAACUCCAGAAAAACAGAAGGUUGACUUGAAUAGGAGAAGAACUCGCUCCAUGAAAAAUGAGAAUAACUCUUCAUUGUUGAAACUAGAAAAAUACAUCGGCCGUAGCCAUGCAAACGAUGACAAUGACUCAGCUGAGCAUAUCAAAAGGAGGAAAUCAACAUUUUGGUGAUUGACAUGAAUUACUUUACAUAAAGAAGAAAUUCAUGGCAACUCAAAUAGAAUUUAUGAUGGCAGAAAGUGGUUUAUUUUGCAGUUUAACAGACAAGAAUUUUGACAGUAUGAAAAUGCUUAAAUUUGGAAUUAAGACUAUAGGGUUGAGAUUAGAAUACAUAUAAUUGCUUGUAGAUUAAAUCUCUAAUGAAUCAAGCUAUACUUGAAUAUAAUACUUGACAAGAUAUGUACAGUACAUUUGUUUUAUGAAUGUUUUAAAGAUCCUGUACAUCUAAAUUGGCCUUGAAUUUUGACACUUUGAACAUUCACUGAGUUAUGUAGUGAAAGUCAUACAUAUAUAUAUGAUUUCAUGUAUAAAUUAUCAUUUUUAACUGAAUCAAUAAACUAGGCAAUUAUAAAUAGGAGGGUUGUGGUAAAGACUUUAUUCAGUUUGACUGAAUAGAGAUAUUGAGGCUUAUGCUGUACAUUAUAUUACAGGUUAACAGAAAAUUUCAUUUUGCAUUUUAGAAUAUGCUGAGGGUUUUUAAAUUUGUUGAUUUGUGAUCUAUUUGUGGUGUAAGCUAUAUGCCUUCAAUUGUGCUUUUUAAUUUAUGACAAUCCUGUGGUGAUAAAGAUACAGAAUGAAAUCUUGCACUUACAGACAUAGGUAUGUAUAGUAUACAGGUAUAAUUGUGAAAAUAAUAUACACUUGUCUAAGUGGUCAACUGUCUUAAGUGGUCAGCUUUUUUUUGGCCUGGUCAUUUCACUGUACUGUUUAGACUGUAUUAUCAAGGAAAUACCCAUUUGGAUUUGUCAUUACGUCUCCCCAUAGGUGGGGGAGUGUCUGUCCAUCUGCAUUAAGCUUGUGUAGCUUUCACAGGUCAAACUGCUGGCCAGAUUUCGACGAAACUUCGCAGGAGUGAUCAGUACCAAGCCUGGUUGUGCAUAUCGCUGGCUUGUUCCGCUUCGCUGCACAAAUUGGCCGCCAGAGCUAAAGAUAGAAAACCUUGUCUGGCUUUCACAGGUCAAACUGCUGGCUUUAUUUCAACGAAACUUGACCGGAGCGAUCAGUACCAAGCCUAGUUGUGCAUAUCGCUGACAGGUUCCGCUUUGCUGCUCAAAAAGGCCGCCAGAGCUUAAGGUAUACGUAGGGGGAAGACAUAUGAUGUUUGACAAAAACACUGUCUAGUUUGUUUUAGAAAUAAAAGUGGCUUAUCCCUGUAAUUGUGACAUUUGUGUGUUUCAGUAUGUUGAUUUUAAAGUUUUUUUAGUUGUUUGCAUUUUUGAGAUGAAUUUCAUGAUAAGAUAUUAAUACAGUCAUAUGAUGCAAUUACAUUACAUGAAAAUAAUAAAACCAUGAUCAUAAUUAUGUACACUGAGAACAAUUGUGAAAUUUAUAUCUGAACUAAUAUAUCACAAAUUUGUACUGUUUUUCAAUUGUUUAUAUUUUUUUUGCCAUUGAAUUCAUUAAAAAAAAAAAAUCUUCACAUUUACCAUUACACAUUUUAUUCCAUUACACAAUGUUUCUGUUUGUUUAUGAUUUGUCACCACAUGUUGAUUAUGCAGUGUGGAGUGAUUCAUGUACCAAAGGGGCAUAACUCCAAAUCUACUUCUAAAUGUGAGGAUUUAACUAACUUUAUAUUUUAAAGGAGCAUACUUCCAGGUUUACAUCUCAAUUAUUUGUUAUCGAAUUAGCAAAAACAGCGAUUUUUAAUGAAAUAGCAAGUCAGUAUUAUACAAGUUGUAAAGAACAGCAGAAUUUCAACCAGUUAGAGAAUUUUUCUACUUGUUCAUGUGAUAAUACUGUUUACUGUUUCACUCCUAGAAUAGCUUUGUAUUUACUUUUUUAAUACCACACUUCAACUUUGUUCAGGGUCAGCUGUAAUAUAGGUAGAUGAUCCAUUGUUCUUACAACAUUUUUACUUUAGCACAUUUUCGUCUGAAACUACUGGUCAGAAUUACACCCACCUUGGUCAGUCUAGCAUGGACCCCUCCCAAGUUUGUUCAGAUAGUUCAGCUUGGUUUGGAGGUAUGCCCCUGAAUAUUUUUAAUCAAAGAUUAGCUGAGCAUAAUUGUGUAAUCAUUCAUUAUAAUUAAGAUUUCAUAUUGUUCUAUUAUUACAGAAUAUAGUAUUUUGUAUUCAUGAUUUUACUUUAUACAAAUGCCAUAUUGAUAACUCAGGAAUUUAUUAUUGUAAGCCAGUAGAGUUGGAGAAUCUGGCAAGUGUGAAGUGCUCUUACCACACCAAACUGGCUGCAAGGUAAAAAACUAAGUUUGGAAACCAGUCUGAGGACUCCAGCAUCUGAUUGGUUGUUUCUGAGGUUAAAUUUGAAAUUGACCAAUGGCAAGACUGCAUUCUGAGACUGGUCUCCAUUCUGUAUAACCUUGGAGUUAGGAUAGGCAAUGAAGAGUUUUGAGGUUGUUCUGUUUAAGUGAAGAUGAGAUAUGUGUACAGGCAUGUUGCUGUAAGACAGAUAAUAUGUAUGUAUCUGUGAAUUAAAUGCAUUCUUGUUUAGCUUGCCUAUUUAAAGAAUAGGUAGAGUUAUUGGACUCACCCAUGCAUUGGCGUCGCGAUUUGGUGAAGUUUUUGUAUGUAAGCUGGUAUCUCAGUAACCACUUGUGGGAAUGGAUUGAAACUUCACAUACUUAUUCACUGUGAAAAACUGACUUUCAUUGCAAAGGUUCCAUAACUGUUUUGCUAUUUUACAAAAUUAUGCCCCUUUUUCGACUUUUUUAUACGCCCGUUUGAAAAACGGGACGUAUUAUGGGAACGCCCCUGGCGGGCGGGCGGGCGGCGUCCACAGAUUUUGUCCGGAGCAUAUCUUCUACAUGCAUGGAGGGACUUUAAUGAAACUUGGCACAGUUGUUCACCAUCAUGAGACGGAGUGUCAUGCGCAAAAACCAGGGCCCUAGGUCUAAGGUCAAGGUCACACUUGGAGGUCAAAGGUCAAAUUCAAGAAUGACUGUCCGGAGCAUAUCUUCUUCAUGCAUGGAGCGAUUUUGAUGAAAGUUGGCACAAUUGUUCAUCAUCAUGAGACGGAGUGUCAUGCGCAAGAACCAGGUCCGUAGGUCUGUCUAAGGUCAAGGUCACACUUAGAGGUCAAAGGAUACAAGAAAGAAAACUUUGUCCGGAGCAUAUCUUCUUCAUGCAUGGAGGGAUUUUGAUAUAACUUGGCACAAAUGUUCACCACCAUGAGGCGGAGUGUCAUGCGCAAGAACCAGGUCCCUAGGUCUAAGGUCAAGGUCACACUUAGAGGUCAAAGGAUUCAAGAAUGAAAACCUUGUCCGGAGCAUUUCUUCUUCAUGCAUAGAGGGAUUUUGAUAUAACUUGGCACAAAUGUUCACCACCAUGAGGCGGAGUGUCAUGCGCAAGAACCAGGUCCCUAGGUCUAAGGUCAAGGUCACACUUAGAUGCGGGUCAGAUACAAGAAUGACUUUGUCCGGAGCAUUUCUUCUUCAUGCAUGGAGGGAUUUUGAUGUUACUUGGCACAAUUAUACACCAUCAUGAGACAAAGUGUGAUGCGCAGUUCCCUUCUUUAGAAUUACUUCCCUUUGUUGUUACUAUAAAUAGCUUAUAUUGUUACUUUUUCAUUACUAGUCGUAGGGAAAAAUCGAGACCACUUUUCUGUAGUACAACAUGCAUGCUACAUCCAAUUUUGAGGUGUAUUUUGACCAAUCUCUACCUUGUAAAGAUUUUUGUGUGGACUUACAAUUUUUUUUUUUGGAUUUUUUUUUUUUUUUUUUUUUAGAUUAACUUCCCUUAGUUGUUACUAUAAAUAACUUAUAUUGUAACUUUUUUAUAAUUGACCGUAGGGAAAAAACAAGACCACUUUUCUGUGGUACAACAUAGAUGUUACUUUCCAAUUUUAGGUGUAUUUUAAGGUAUCUCUACCUGGUAAGGAGUUUUUUUGUGGACUUCGAAAAACAAAAGACUUACAAUGAUUACAACCACAAAAUUAAAAUUCCGUUUGCAAAUACAGGUGCUAGAGUAAAGAAAUUUGCUGUGACGGGCGUAUAUUGUGACAUUCUGGCACUCUUGUUUCAAUUGACAAGGCUGUUGAAUAGUCGAGCGUUGCUGUCUUCUAACAGCACUUGUUUUGUUUCACAGUUAUAUUGAAACAUCUUUCACUGAGAACUAACAAUCAGUAUGUAGAUAUACAAAUUCAAUGUAUUACUCUAGUUUCAUAAGAGACAUUAACAAGUGACUUCAUCUUACGUGUAAAACAUAUGUUUUAUGUUUUUCGAUUCCUUUAAUUAAGUUUUACCUUCACUGACAAUGUAUUGAAUGUUUAUGUUCGAAAAAGUGAAAUAGUUCAAUGAAAAUCAGUUUUGUUUUACACAUUAAUAUGAGGGGACAUUAUUUUUAUUAUUUU